GCGCCCACUCUUGUACGAUGUUAGUGCGUCGCCAUUUAAAGUUAAGCUGCAUGGCGUGUGUCGUUUAAGAAUGGAAUUCAAUCCGGUGCAUCUGACGUCGACAAGGACAAAUUAUUGCGCGAACUAAACAGCAACGCCAGCUUUUGUUCGCCGCAAAGACGCAUAAACUGGCCUUUGAGUGAGAGGCGUCCGACAAAGGUGUCUCGUAAACACCUUGGAAGAAAAGGACUGCAAAGUUGCAAAUUUCUGCUAGGCUGUUGGCGUGUGCAAAGUCCUGCAAAAGAGCAACGCCAGCUUUUGUUCGCCACAAAGUCGCAUAAACUGGCCUUUGAGUGAGAGGCGUCCGACAAAGGUGUCUCGUAAACACCUUGGAAGAAAAGGACUGCAAAGUUGCAAAUUUCUGCUAGGCUGUUGGCGUGUGCAAAGUCCUGCAAAAGAGCAACGCCAGCUUUUGUUCGCCACAAAGUCGCAUAAACUGGCCUUUGAGUGAGAGGCGUCCGACAAAGGUGUCUCGUAAACACCUUGGAAGAAAAGGACUGCAAAGUUGCAAAUUUCUGCUAGGCUGUUGGCGUGUGCAAAGUCCUGCAAAAGAGCAACGCCAGCUUUUGUUCGCCGCAAAGACGCAUAAACUGGCCUUUGAGUGAGAGGCGUCCGACAAAGGUGUCUCGUAAACACCUUGGAAGAAAAGGACUGCAAAGUUGCAAAUUUCUGCUAGGCUGUUGGCGUGUGCAAAGUCCUGCAAAAGAGCAACGCCAGCUUUUGUUCGCCACAAAGUCGCAUAAACUGGCCUUUGAGUGAGAGGCGUCCGACAAAGGUGUCUCGUAAACACCUUGGAAGAAAAGGACUGCAAAGUUGCAAAUUUCUGCUAGGCUGUUGGCGUGUGCAAAGUCCUGCAAAAGAGCAACGCCAGCUUUUGUUCGCCGAAAAGACGCAUAAACUGGCCUUUGAGUGAGAGGCGUCCGACAGUGCGUGUCAUAAACAUCCUCCAAAAAACGACAGAAUUUGCGUAGACAAUGAGCUCUAUCACCGACACUGCUGCCAACGAAGACAAGACAGGGUCAAGUACCAUAUAUGACUACAUCGUCGUUGAAUUCGGUGCACCAGGCGGAAGCAACAAGCCUUCAGGCAGUGUAGAGGCGCAGGUGCUUUCAUCCCGUUGGUUACAGGGAAAUAAAGUUUUUUGGCCGAAGUGCAGCUCAAGCAAAAAAUUAUACAAACUCAUCAAGUGCCAUCAGGAGCCACACACAGAUGUCAAGAUUUGGGACAAGUACGAAAUUUCACGAAUCGUUGGACGAUCAAACGAUUACCAAAAGGCACAAAAAAUUUUGGAGGAGAGUGAUUUUACAGAAAACGAAGAUCAAGUGAUCAGUCAACGCUCAUCCAGGAAGACAAGAGGAAAGGCUCCAGCAAGAUAUCUGCAAGACUCUGGUGAUGAGGAAGAUGAUGUGAAUGAUUUGCAGGAAUCUAACAGAGAAAUACCACAUAAUGACUCAGUAGACAACGACCACGACUCAGUCAAUGGAGGAGAUGAAGGAGACGGCUCCUCUAUAAAUGAGCCUAUUAUCCCCCCACAAAUAGAAAUAGACAUCUCAAAUUUAGGCACCUCUGAAGUCAUGAGAGCUAUUUCAAAUAGUGUAGCUGAAGGGAAUGAGGAAAGUGUUAAAAAUAGUUCUGAAUCAGCCUUAGUCGAAGCGCAAGAAGAAGAGGAUGUAGGCCUACUAGAUAAUGCAAAUAAGUCUGAUGAACAAGUAUCUUUUCACAUUGCUGACAUGUCUGAGUCAGACACGCAGGAGACAGACAAUAUUGGUCAAAAGUUUUGCCGUGGAGACGACAAUAACCACAGCCAGACUUGCAUGUUGUGCAACAAAUGCGCCUUGUUCCUUGAAAGAAUUGCAAACGUAUUGGAAUCGAGGAAAUGUCAAUGCGAAAGGAAAGCAGGAACUGAUUUGGUUACAGAGGGCCAAAUUUUCGCUACCCUGCCUUGCACUACUCCUUCGGCAGUCAUAAGAUUCGAAGAAUAUCUCGAAAAAGAGGAAAAUAUGAACAUAAUGGUGUCCAAGUUCCGAAGUUUUGCCAGCCCGAACUUAACCACCUUCGUCAACUCGUGCCUGCGAAAGAUUUUAACCGACGACCUGGCUACAAGGUAUAAUGCGAAAGGUAGCAUUUCAGAGGAUGGCACAAGAGUCAAAGAAGAAUACCUCUCAAAAAAUUUUAUUUCGUUGUUGAUGAACACUGUUGUGCAUAGCCUCCCAAUCAUUCAUACGGCUCCUACAGCAUCGGUGGCAAACGUUAAAAAUGUGAUUGCUGGCUGGUUUAGGAAUGCGAAGAAGCGCUGUGAUGCGCGUAGCAAGACAUCGCGUUCUACGCCCAGGCCAGAAUCUGCAGCUAGCUCAAUAUCGCAUCAUUCCACUGUCAAAAGUGGUUCAAGUCGAGGCAUUGUAAGGCCCGAUUCUGCCCCUUUCAGGCCUGAAUCUCGACAUAUGGUUAGGUUUCCUCCAGCUGACUCACAAAGAUUUGAUCCUCAAGGAGGAAACUUUACUAGUUCACCUAACCGAGGUUUCAACAAUAGAAGCAGGUACCAUGGCCCAUACAGCUAUGAGGAAAGUCAAAAUUUCACGCAGUCUCCAACGCAUUUGAGAUACUCGAAUGAGAGAACCCCAGACAGAAGCGCCUGGAAGGGUGGCCCUGCACCUAAUUUCAGGUACAGCCCAUAUAGGAGCCCUCAAAUAUAUGAAAAAAAUUAUGCCAGUGGUGAUAGUUUCACAUCUUGGGAUGACAGAUACUCGUCGGCUGGUCCGUCCCAUUUCCAAACUCCUCAGAAGAGAAACAGGGGCAGAGCUCCGCCACGAAGACCACAUUUUUAAUUAAAUCUGAAUGUAAAUUUAAAAUUAAAAAUGAGUUUCUUACAAAAUAAUAAUUAUUUUGGUUUUAAUUGUAUACUUUUACAUGUAUUUAACGCUCACUUAAUUCUGGAAUGA